GAGGUUGCCAGUUUCACUGAUGAGGAAAAGAGAAGCAAGGGAAUCAGAGAGAGAGAGAGAGAGAGAGAGAGAGAGAGAGAGAAAGAGCGAAAGACAGAGAGGGGGCUGUGAUAAACUCUGCUGCGAGCCCUCCUGUAAGCAGAGUGAGAGAGUGCAGGAGCAACAGCAUAAGAUCUGGAGAGGGUGAAAAUACAACUGUGAGCAAGACCUACCACAAAGUCCACACAGAUCUUGCACUUUAAGGUGAGUGUGCAUGUGUUUUUGUAACCCUGCAGAACAAGGCUGAUGCAUUUGGGUGUGAUUGUCCCAUCAAGUGCUUCACUUCUUUGAAGUUCCUCCGAGGGGGACAGAUUUUUCCCUGCAAGGAAAAAAAGGCAAUAGAAGGCCAAAGGCUACGAAAACUGGAGCAUUUCCAACUUCCAAUUCCCUCAGGACGUUUUUUUUUCCCACCUAGGCUUCAAGAAGGAACCACAUGUGAAGACUGAUGGGGCAAGAGCUCAGCACUGCUUACCAGAGAAUCGGCUCCGCUGCAUCACCGCAGAGACUCCACAUCCCAGUAGGAGUGAGACGGAGGUAAAGAACCAAAGAGAAAUUGAGAGGGAAUCUAAGUAAUCUCCAUCCACUCCCCCCUCCCUACAUUGGGACCUUCUUCAGUUGCCCUCUGGUACCCCCCACGGGGCAGGAAGCGUGAAAAAUCUCACUAAUGGGUUUAUUUGCUGUCAGCUCAGCGACGACCUGUCAUUUUCCAGGACCACUCCACACUUGACACAUUUCAUAGUCGAGUAAGCUCCGCUUUGUUUUUGCCAAAGGAGCUUGAGCCCCUGCCUUAUACUGCUGGCUGUUGAGAAGAUCAAGACUAGGCUGAGGUAUCAGGUGGAGUGGACAAGUCCCUUAAUCACUUUGCCUGCCUAUUAUAGUAUUUUUCUUCCAGUGAGGUCAAGCGUGUGGGACAUCUUGCUGUUUUUUUUUUUAUAUAUUUCUCAAAGUCGAAAACUUCCCGCAAAGAGAGAGACUGUGAGAGAGUCUGCUUUCUGACCCAACCACGGUCUCCUGGCUGGUGGGCUGAAGAUGCGUUGCUGGCUGCUAGCUGUGGUGACGGCAGUGCUCUGGAGCCAGUGCAUCCUUCUAGGGUGGGCCGAGGGCAGGAAGGUGCGUAAGAAGCCGAAGGAACUCGCUCCGCAGCACACCGAAGCAUUCAACACCACUCUUUCCAACAGCGAGGAGCUGGAUGGCAGCACAAAGGUUAGUGAGAACCAGAGAGUGGACCCUCUUGGAUCAUGGAUGGAUUUUGUGAAGAGACCUGUGGGCAACUUUCCCGGAAAAUGUCGAAAGCGAAAACGACCACUGCCUGGUCCCCCGGGCCCUCCUGGUCCUCCGGGGCCUCAGGGACCCCCAGGAGCCCCUGGGGCAGAGGUCACUCAAGAGGUCCUGCUGCGAGAGUUCAAAGAAAUGAUCAAAGAGGCCACAGAGAGGCGAGCAGCAGUGGACAGGCCCAACGAACCCAGUCAGCUGCCAACGACUCUGAUUACCCUUGAGGGUAUGACCUCCUACAGGAGAAUUGAGGAAGCCUUUCACUGCAAACUCAAAGGUCCUGUCGUCGUGGAUAAAAAGACUCUGGCAGAGUUGCAGAACUUUCAGACACCGCCUGCCAAAGGUGCCUUUCUCAGAGGGACGGGGAUGGACCAGUCCACUGGCCGAUUUACAGCUCCUGUAACUGGAAUUUAUCAGUUCUCUGCCAAUGUUCAUAUUGACCACACGGAGGUGAAGAGAAGUAAGAACCAGCUGAGAGCCAGAGACAAUGUCCGAGUUUUGAUCUGCAUUGAAUCCCUCUGCCACAGAUAUACAUCCUUGGAAAUGAUUGUUGGCCUUGAGAGUAACAGCAAGAUCUUUACAGUAUCUGUCCAUGGACUGCUGGAACUUCAGGCCGGGCAGUACACCUCCAUAUUUGUGGACAAUGCAGCUGGAGCAUCGAUCGCAAUACAGAACGGUUCAGAUUUCAUGGGCAUGUUGUUGGGGGUAUAGCCUUGUUUUACAGCCAGACUUUAUCUGGCAGGCCACAUAAGACUGCAUUGCUCCUCUUCGGACUAUCACCCAGCACCAUAUAUCCUCAUGAGACAAUAUUUGACUGCCACAGAGCUCUUGGUUUGUUCAUAGAAGAGACAUGGACAUAUUAAUACCCACAAAGCAGAGACAAUUGGAUGCAAAACUGAAAGACUUUACCGAGGACAGUGGAUCCACAUCUGCCUUUCUCAUGUGCGUCUACAGUGAGGUUUUUACCUCUUCAGAAAGAUCGUUUCUCACUGUUUUUACUCCUAUUUUGUGAUAUAUAGAUGUAUACAAAGAGAUUUUUGUACUUUGACAUUGUGUUAUUAUGCUCUUCUUAAUUAAUAGUGUUUAUAUACAGAGUGUUUAUAUACACAAUUUGUUUUCUAUGAUGAGAGGUUUCCUACAAUACAAUACAAGAGCUAAUCUAAGGAUUUUAUGAUCUUUUGGAGUUGUUACCCAAAAUACACACACCUACUUUUAUGCAUACAUGCCUUUAUUUUUUAAAUAUAACAAGCUUGACAGUUUUUAUUUACUAUGCAGCUCUAAAAAACAUGUUGUAGUGACUUGAUUAUUGAUAAAAGAACAGAUUUUCCAUUAUACUCAGCCAAAAGAAGGAAACAGCCAAAUACAAGAAAAGAAACAAGAUGGAUGACUCAGUCUAUUUUUAUGUCCAAUCGCUAACAGUCCCAAACAAUAGCGUUUAUCCAAGCGUGUGUGUGAGUGUGUGUUUGGAAAUCUACUGCCAUGAUCGAUUAGAUAUGUUAGAGUCCUGCUGAGUUUUCAUUUUGUUUACUGAAAUGCCAAAUACGUCAUCCGAAUUCUCUGUUUUUCACGUUUCCAUGGAAGUUUAUUCUUUGUUUCUUUGAGAUGUGUUGCUCUUCUUCCUUUCUUCCAAAUGUCUUCUUUUUUAUUACCUUCAGUAAAUACAGAAAUUAAGAUGCACAUAUACGUAUAUAAGCAUAUUUGCCAUACAAAUUAUUUAUGUUGAAAUGUAUCUGCCAAUUAAAAUAGAUUUAUUUUUUUAAUUGGUGUCUAGCCUUCCAGUAGAUCUCAAUACAAGUGAAAAUAAUGUAAGCAGACCUGUUUAAACAUACAGUAUUUGCUUGUAUUGUGGUGUAAUGGAAAUGAAAGUAUAUUCAAUAAAUGUAAAAUAUAUCUAUUCACCUGGGCACGCUUGCGGUUGACUCGAAAUGACUUUUAUGAGCUUUGAAAUCUUGCUAACGUUCGUAAUUCUCUGCUCGAUAAAGCAGGCAGGACGUACUCCCGUUGCUGCACGAUGAAGCUCAUGGAAAAUAUUCUUUGGUGCGGUAGUGUGGAAAAUGCUUCUUUGCAUCAUUUGCAUUGUAAAUAAUCCAGGAUACCUCAAAUACCUUGGCAAACAGCAAGUCUGACAGACUGAUGGUGGCAUGGCACCUGGGCACACUAGAGAGUGAUCUCUGAAAUCCAGUCAUUUAAGUUUCAUUUAACCUUGUCAUCAUGUGUCAUUUAGAAGUUGCAAAGAUACACAAGGUUUCUUCUACAAGACCUGUGGUUUCGUAGGAGCCACAGCGCCUUCAAGCCUCAUCUUUAGUCAAUAGGCCUUUUUGUUUUUCUUGUCUACUUAUAGAGAGCUUUUGAGAAACAAAACUGUUUAUUAGUGAUCUGGAAGUUUCACACCAUGAUGUCAAGGUCUUUCAUUUUUCAUUUUAAGCCAAUGCCACAGCCUUGUAACACAAAACAUUGUGGUUAUAUCAUUAUUCUACCUCAGUAUUAUUUUAAUAUUAUUUUUUCACCCCCCCCAAAAAGAGUUUUAAGCCAGUUAUUUAUAUCUUUUGCUGUAGUGUGUCAGUAGGAAAUACAGUUGCAAGUAAAAGUAUGUGAACCACUUGCAGAAUCUGUGAAAAUGUGCAAAAUUUUAACAAAAUAAGAGAUAAUAAAAAUUGCAUUUUAUUUUUUA